GUCAUAUAAAAAUGGCGACCGGACGAUUAGAAUAUGUUGAACUGGAACUGCUUCGACAGCAAACAGAAGCAGAUUGAUCACCGAUUGUUUAAAUCGAUCCUAGAUGCAUUCAAUGCAGGCGGUUCUGAAUGAGGAUUUUUUCACAGCAAAUUGGAUUUCAGUGAAAAAUAAGAAGAGCUCUAGCAGUUCAGUGGAGUUGACAGAUGACAGAGGUGUGUCUAACAGGCUAUCUUCAUGGAAGUAUUCAUAUAGGCUGCCAGAAUAUCAAUGGCCUCAACAUGGACACAGAGGUUACCUGCAAGUACGCUGGGACAGAGAUCACAGGACAUGAUAAUUCUCAUUAAUAAGGGUGGAGAGAGGAAAAUGUGACUAAUUGGGAAAAUGUGCUUAUUCAGAAUAACCUCAUGACGUGAGAACUACAGGAAACGUUGAACAGGUUUCUAGUUUAUCAGGGGAGGUAAUAAAUCAACCAUGGCGACCUACAGCCACUAUAGUCACUACAGCAAUGGUUUUGUGGUCGAGUUCGUGGAAAACGGCUCUGAACCUUGUUCAAGUUACAUCCUUCUACCUGCUGAAAAUCUCUGGUCGAAGGGACUCCGAGGAUUCCUCUAUAUCCUAGCAAUCGCAUAUAUAUUUCUGGGCGUUGCUAUAGCAUCGGAUAUCUUUAUGACAAGUAUAGAAGUGAUCACGAGUAAAAAGAAAAAAGUAGUGUCGUGGGAUGAAGAAAAACAAGUCAAGGUGGAAAGGGAGGUGCUGAUUUGGAACGAAACGGUUGCCAACUUAACACUCAUGGCGCUCGGAAGUAGUGCACCGGAAAUAUUAUUAGCUGUUAUUGAAACAGCAAAGAAUUUAGGAGUUCAAAAUAUUGAGGAUUCUUUAGGAACUUUUACAAUUAUAGGAAGUGCUGCUUUUAAUCUACUCAUAAUUACUAGUAUAUGUAUAGUAAGUGUUCCUUCUCCUUCUGUGAAAAAUAUCCGAGAGUUCGGUGUGUUCAUAUUAACAGCAGCGUGGUCCCUCUGGGCCUAUAUAUGGAUGUUACUAGUAGUUCAGUAUAUUACCCCCGGAGUCAUAGAUCCAUGGGAGGCAUGGGUCACCCUCGGCUACAUGCCCUUAUUUGUCAUUGUGGCAUACUGUCAGGAUAGCGGCUGGUGGUGCAAGAAAAAGAAAAUCACAUCGGAAGAAGACCCAUCUGAUGAGAAUGUGAGAAUCAUGACCCAUCAGGCAAGGAAGGGAUCUCUAACAGGCCACGCUAUUCCUGGCAAGGAACUCCACGUCCUGGAGGCGGAGAGACAGCAACGCCUCAGUUUAGUGAGCUUGAGUAGUUUUAGGGGUAAAAAAAGUCCUGAUGGGAGACAUGUCAACGGUGAAGUUUGUUUGACACCGGAAUCAGACUCCGUCAAGACGUCUACCAAUAUAUCUGUCCAUUUUGACAAUGAAAGGCCUAACCAGACUGUGACCAUUCUUGACCAUUCCUCUACAAACCAGGAAACAAGGUUGGACCAACCGCUGGCCCUCACCAACAGUGGGUCAUUUAAUAAUACUCAAUUCACCAGCCACAAUGACAAGGGAACAGCUGGAACAGACCAGGGAUCUGUGUCUGAACGCCUCAAUGUGGAAAAGAAUACCAAGGAACCCCAGGCAUUUGCUCGUGCCAGAAAGACAAGCAUGGCUGUUCGAGCUCAGUUCCGCCAUGCCGUUGUCAGUGCUAUGACUGGAAACAAGAAGAUGAGGACAGGCAGUGGAAAAGCUUCAGCCAGAUUUGCGGAAGUUGUCCAAACUGUUCAAAACAUCAACAUCAAGGGCAAGAUGCCUACUGGUGAGCUUUUUGGAAAGUUUACCUUUGCCUCCGACCGUUAUGCAGUACUGGAGAGCACAGGCACACUUGAUGUGGAUGUUCUGUUCCACAGGAAUCUCCCAUCGUAUAUUAUGCCACUCCUCCAAAGAAAGCGCAGUGAAGCCGUUAAUGUAGUACUAGGGAAACCUGGUGGCAAGAAUCCAAUUGCAAACGGAGAUGCUGGAGCUGCCAAGGGCGGUAAGGUGGCCCCAGCCAGUGGGUCAGAGCAGGUAUUUUCUGGAGAUGUGACAGUAGAGUAUGAGACCAGGGAGGGAUCCGCUAAGGCUGGAAAAGACUUCAAGUACACACAGGGAUUCCUCACAUUCAAGGAGAAUGAGUUCCAAAAGUCCAUUACCAUUCCCGUCAUCAAUGACCAACAGUUCGAGAGUGAUGUUGACUUUUAUAUCAUUCUGAAAAACCCUAACAACGGCAGUAACAUUGGGGAUCCUAGCGUCACCAGAGUGACCAUCGUGGACGAUGAUGAACCUGGAGAGUUUCUCUUUGAAAACCCUCACUGCUACGCUGACCUAAAGACAGGCAAAGUAAGCUGCCGAGUGAUUCGGGAGCACGGCUUUGAUGGCAAGGUCACUAUGGAGUAUUCCACCAUUGAUGGGACAGCAUCUGGGGGCAAGGAUAUCGGCCCCAAUGUCGAUUAUGUCCACACAGAAGGUAUUUUGACCUUCACUCAUGCGGAGACCAGCAAAACAAUUGACAUCAACAUCAAAAAGGAUGCUAAGAUGGCUGAUGAUGAGGGCUCCAAAAACUUCAUUAUUGCCAUAAAGAACCCCAGUCUGGGAGCCAAGAUAGGGCAAAGGAGUGCCACUGUGUGUCACAUCAAUAAAGAAUCCGUGGAUGACCGAAUUGCGGAUGUCAUUAAUGCAGAGGCAGAGGAGGAGGAGGAAGACGUCAGCUGGGGAGCUCAGUUCGUCAGUGCUCUCACGAUUGAAGGAUCAACUGAUGAGGAAGGAAAUAAUGUUAAUCCAUCCUGGGUCGACUACUUGUUACAUUUCCUCACCAUUCUGUGGAAGGUGAUUGGUGCAUGUGUCCCUCCAACGAAAUACCUUGGAGCCUGGCCCACUUUUGUCCUUUCCCUCCUCUACAUUGGAGCUCUCACGUUUCUGGUUGAACAGCUUGGGCAUCUGAUUGGCUGUGUGGUUGGUCUAAAGACAAGUGUAACUGGUAUCACCAUCAUUGCCCUGGGGACGAGCUUGCCAGAUACGUUCGCCAGCCGUACUGCAGCCAGACAGGACGAGCAUGCAGACGCAGCCAUCGGCAAUGUGACAGGUAGUAACAGUGUGAACGUAUUCUUGGGGUUAGGGUUACCCUGGGUCCUCAGCACUUCCUACGGGCUGGCGACGGGCACAGAAUACAAGGUGCCAUCUGGUAACCUCACCCAGAGUGUCAUCAUCUUCACUAUACUUGGCUUUCUGUGUAUCAUUCUCCUGAUACUCAGGAGAAAGUUCGUGGGUGGAGAACUUGGAGGAUCCAACGUGUACGUCAAGUGGGGAACUAGUAUACUGUUGUUAGUAUUCUGGUGUAUCUACAUCCUACUUUCCAGUCUCAAAGCAUAUGACAUUAUUACACUAUAGGCCCUUCCAGCACAUCGUAACAGAUUUUAGCGGGACAGUUGUAAGAAGGCAUGGAUGCUACCUCUCCCCGAAGGGGGACAUAUAUUACCUGGAUAUUAACUGGGAGACAAUGGUACUUAUGGUAGCUACUGAGGAUCUCUGUGAAAACUGACACUAUAGGAUAUUAAUUUGAUCAUAAUUCUUGUUAAACUCAACACGUUCCAAAACCUAUUCAGAUUCCGUAUCGGUUGAAGGUCUCCCCAUGGAGCCGGGAAUUGUGACGUCAACAUUGGUGGAAGGGGAAUAACUCCUACUCACUGGACAUCACUUAGGAAAUGUACUCUUGAAACUGCACCUUGAUUUAACUAGAUUGUAUUGUGAAUUUGCUGCUGGUUUGUAGUUGAGAUAUUUCCUGUUGUGGAGUCAACUGAGAUACGUUACUUUAUAAACCAUUGGUGAUAAAUUAUGGAAAGUGUCGCUUACCCUGUAACAUUGAAAAGGAGAUGGGUGUGCGAGUCUGUGCCAAACGUCUAGCCUUUGUAUGUGCUGGUGGACAAGUUUGGGAGAAAAGUGUAUUAUAUUUAACAACAUUGUCCAGACUCCAUCUGCAUUUAGUGCUUUACAAAUACACAAGUGAAUGUAUAUACUCAGACGGCAUUGGACAUAUUGAAGAUGGAGCAUAAUGGCCGUUUCUAGAUUAUUGUUAUAUUUUGAAGUUUAUGCAAAUGUUCUGCUUCAUACCUUCCUUAUCAGGUUAAGAGUACUUGUUACAAGAGCUCCUGUAGCUGUGGUAACAAAUGUAUAGUGUUUAGUUGAUAGAUUCAACGAUGAGGAUGAAUACCAUCAUCUGUUAAAAUCGUUACUAGUUGUUGAGAAAUGCAAGUGCUAUUUGUGCGUGUUCUUUUGAAUCUUAUUUAUGUACAAUUCCAAGUAUUUCAAUAUGUAUAUAAAUGUAAAUAUGUCCCCAAAAUAAUUAUAUUGGAACCUCUUCAUGAGCUGUUGAAAAAUAGUCAGACAUAUUGUUGACACUUUGAAGGGUGAUCCAGGUGCAAAUUUAUCAGGUUACCGAAAUGGCCGUAUCAUAUUUCAGAUAUCUGCUUUUAGCGAACAACCAUCAGCAAGAUCAUGUGUAAAUACCACACUUCCAUUAAUUAUACAAUAUGGCAUCUCAUAGGCUACAUAAAAAUGUCAAAUUGCAAAUCCUGACAUGCUUUGAUUGCCAAUUCUGAAACCUGAAAAAUAUGUAUCUACUUCAUUCUUUGCAUUGGUAUGUAUAAUACGAUACUUACGUAUUUUAUUAUGGUAAAUACAGGUAUAUAGUAUUUAUAUAUAAAAUAUCCAACGAGUGAUUGGUGAUCGAUGCCGAUUCGUUCGUGUCCUAGUGCAUGAGAAUAUUCUGAUGCAUUCUCAAAUAUAAUCUUUGAAAAUCAGCGCGUAAAUUUGUUUAUUCGAAAAGCGCACGAAGUCAGAUAUAACUCCUUACCAUUUCCCAUGUUAGAUUUUUAUGCUUUAACCUGUUGAUUUUUUUUUUUUUUUUUUGUAAUAAGACUUCUUGAGCAUAAUGUGUAUCAAUACAAGCUCGACACUAAAAUGAUGGUUACCUCGCUCUAUGAGAUAUAUUGUUAUAAAUAUUAUGCCUGUAUUUACACACACAUAUAAUAUAAACACCCGUGUAUAUAUAUGAUACACAUCAAAGUCCAACUGUGAUAACCUGUUUAUUUUUGUAUACCGUGUUUUCUACUGGUUUUUGUGUUUGAGGUGUGAUGUAAAUAUAUCAAAAGUAACCAAGCUAUUUUUUCUUUUCAGUUGAUUGCUAAUAUUUAUUGAGAACAAGAGUUUAUUAAAAUGGUUAUUUAAUAUUUAUAUGAAUAAUAAGAUUUGUUUUUAUUUGCAGAUGUGUUACUGAAUAUUCUAAUUCUGCAAAGCAGUAUUGCUUAGAUGUUAUUUAUUAGAAGAUUUUUGUAUUGGUUUUUUGCAUUCACACAUUUGUUAUAACAGUUACUCUCCUUGAUUGAGAAAGAAUUAUAUUCAAAAUGGCAUAAUUUAAUGUUAAUGGAGAUUAUUUGUCAAUCAAAAAUCAUAAUGGGGCAUUGUCAAUGUGCUCCCCUCUUUAACCGUUAGUUUUCAUUUCUUUUCUGUGUGCUAGUCAACACUCAAAGACAUGUAGAAUCUAGUUACUCACAUCAGCUGGGUUAAAACAACGCUGAAACAUAACACCAGAACUUGGUCUGUUGAAUUCGGCCGAUUUAGAAACUGUUUAGAGAUUGUAGUUAUUCAUUGUAUUUUCACCAAACUUUUUUUCGAAAAAAAAUAUGAUAUUGCACACAGUUAUGGUUUAAUGGUGUGCUUUGGGAUAAAGCUAAUACAUUUAUGUUGAUCAGACGGCAUCUGUAUGAUCCCAUUUCUAAGUAACUAUAAACUUACAAUUCAUAGGUUUUCUUCUGUCAGGGAAUGCUAAAUUAUUAGUGUGAAACAACUAGUGCUAAGAAAAUGUGAAUUCAUAUCAGAAUGGUUAAGUUUAUGAAUUUUGUUUUGUUUGUGUACAGCAAGCCAUUCAACGACAGACUGGCUCUCUGGUAGAAGGACCAAUAUGGUUGUUGCAGUGUCCGGGUGGUUUUAGUUUUAUUUAUUUGAUUCUAUCAUAAGGCUACAUGUAGUUUGUGUUUUUUUUAGCUAGUGUCUAAUGUUGCAACAACAUAACGACCAGGCUUGCUCUGUUGGGAAAUCCACGUAAGAAAUACUGCAACAAGAUAUUCAUAAGCCAAAGAACUCUCAUAGUGUAAUAUUGAUGCAAAUAUUUUGAUUCGUUUUUUUACUUUGCAAAUUUGUCAUUUCUCGUCCAAGUUUGUCACUAUUAACCCCAUUCUACGUUUUUGCCAAAGAUUUGUUGGUUGGUAUCUAUUUUACUAUAAACAGUUUUUGGGAAGAGUUUACCAGAAAUGUCUGAUAGUGGUGAUGUAUGUUGAGGUCACACUACCCAUGAUCAUGAAGUGAACCUGUGCUUGUCAAUCUCAGAUUAUUUAAGAAACUUAGUACAAGUGUGAAAGUAGUUUUCUGCAUAACAUGUAUAAAUACCCUUUUUCUUACAUGAACUAUUUUGUUCAAUAUUUGGUUUAGUCGACAUUUAAUUUUGAACACCAUUGCAUAGCACGUAAAGUCUGUCUAUGACCGAAAGUUAUGAGUCCUCCUUAAGGUUGUGAACUCACUACUUACUGAGAUGGACAACCGGUGUAAAAAAUAAAACUUCAUUAGAAAUAACUCCCAUCUGUAACUAUUACUACCGAACGAAGGGGUAGGUUUUUUUUCAUAUAGAUCGAAAAUAUAAGCAGUGAACAACUUAUCAUAUUUUUUUUAUAUAUUUUUUUUUUCAGUUUGAAUGAUAAAAUGAUAACAGAUAUGAACUUAUCUCAGAGAUGUUGUGUUGAGAUGCUGGGCAUCCUUGGUUAUGUUUGAAUUUAGUCACCUAAGCGAGCACUACAAUAGGGGUAUCUCCAUGUAAGAUAUUUACCAUUUUCCGUAUACAGUACGUUUUACAACUAAACCAAAUGGCAAUUUCUCUGCAAUUUCCACCUUUUAUCAUAACAUAUACGCUUUGGAAUGGAGGUCUAGAUCAUGCUGCUCCUGCUUGUAGUAUCAAUCUCGAGACAAAUUAUAUGCGUCUUUUGAAGAAAAAAAAAGUUGUUAUAUUAGACCAUUGGUAUAACCUUUUAAAACAUUUUGGAGAGCUAUAAGUGAUUAGAAUGUUGCAGGAAAUAAAGAACAGUAUCGACUAUUUACCUGUUAGUAAAGUAUAUAAGGGUUAACAACACCUGACAGGUAAAGCAUCACCUAAAGCAGUAUUUAUAAACACGUCGGGUGUUCCUUUCCACAUCACUGAUUACAACCCAUGUUUUACAUGUAUUUGUUCUGUGUUUGUAUGAAAUAAAAAGUUUGAAACCAAAA